CCCCCCUCAAGCCUUCGUACCUCUAAUUCGAUUGCUUGUCCCCUAAGUCUGCAAAUUCCAGUCUCAGAAAAUGGAAGCUCCGAAGACGAUAGCUCAUGAAAUCGGAGGUGUCCGAAACGAUGCGCUGCGUUUCGGUUUGCAAGGUGUCAAGAGCGAUAUCGUUGGAUCUCAUCCUCUCGAAUCCGCCUAUCAAUCCCAAAGGGAGAUACAGGAGGGGAUGAAGCGAAAAAUCCUUGCUAACACGUACGGAACUGCAUUUCCUUUGAAGAUGGAUCUUGAUGCUCAGAUCCUAUCUAGAUUUCAGAGGCCUCCAGGAGCAAUACCAUCUUCCAUGCUAGGGUUGGAGGCACUAACAGGAAGUUUGGAUAACUUCGGUUUUGAAGAUUAUCUCAGUGGUAACAAAAUAUCAUUCAAACACCUGUCUGAAGUUAUCUUUAAUAGUUUCUUCUUUCUUGAAAAAUUUUGCAUGAUUCCUUUGCUUGAUUGGAAUUGUCACAUAAAAUCUCCAACUGCAUCACUUCAUCUAUGGUGAGUAUCAAUUUUGAUGAAGGUCAAUCAUUUCUAGCUAGGCUUUGUCCUGUUGGCUUACCCAAAAAAAGAUGGGAGGUUGCAAAAACUUGGUAUCAUUGUGUUGGAAUUGAUGUUUUAUGAUUCUGCAUUCCACAUGAUUCCAUGUGACUGCUCAGCUUCAUGAUGGAAUAAUUAGGGAUUGAGGAUUUAACAUUGGUUAGUCUUUUGGUUCAUGGAGAGAUCAAAACAAAAAGAAAGCAUGAAAAUUUUCUGCCGCUGGUUCUUCAAAUUUCAUUACAAAAUGGUUAGACAAUUUAGUACGAAUUCAAGUUUGAGCACCAGGCAAUGGUUGGAAAUAUUUUUAUAAAAAUGAAUGAUAUGGAAUAUCUGAGUUUUUGAAGAUCAUCUAUAUCCAGAAAUUUUCUCACUCCCACUCGGACCAACCCUAUAAUGUAAGGUUGGUGAUUUGAAGUAAUGGCUUACGAAAAACAACUGAAAGGACUUUCAGAAUCGGGAAUGGGGGUCUGAGGUUUGAGUCCCAAGCUUAGCUGAUAUAAAUUGCUUGGGAAAAAUUUGUGUCUGUAGUUUUUCCUGCUUCAAUGGAGUCGGCCAGUAGGUUUAUGCAUUUUUAAAAUAAAUAAAUAAAUACAAUAACUCUUCAUUUCUAUUCUGGUUCAUGGUAGCUUGUGCUGGGUUUUUAAGUUUGCAUAUUCUUGUGUGUUGCUUGCAGACCCAUGUGACUCAGAAACAUUCCGGCCAGCUGACAUGCAUCAUGGAAUGGAGGUGCGACAUGGCAUUUCGAAGGGACCAAUCUGUCCAAGUUUCAUCUAAAAGCGAAGCAUGUGCCAUUGUUAAUGUGACAAAAGGGGAUGAUGGUUUAUUUUGUGAUUGUGGAUCAUGGAUGCCCAUGUUUCUUUGCAUGUCAUUAAACUAAAAUUUCUUAGACCCUGUGAGAUUAAACAGCCGUCUGAGGCGCAUAUGCACUCGUUCUACUUGUUUCUUAGAUAUCACAUUCACCAUCCCACCACAUCAGUGGUAUCUUCUCUUUC